GUUAUUGUCUUUUAUAUGUCUAAUUUACUGCAGUUUGUCUAUUUUGAACCUGUGGUUAAAGAGUUUUCUAAUAUUUCCCUGUUCAUUUCCUUUAUUUCAGAAAAUCCAGAGAAAAGGAGGAAAGGGAAUAAAGCCUCUGCUUUCUUCAAGAGAGCAUGGAAGGCUGUGAAGCGCCCUUUCCUUUGCUGUGGCCGGAACAGAGUGGCUCCAUUUGAACCACAGUCGGAUAUCGAUGAUUGCGAGCAUCUGCCUGUUCCAGGUCCCUCCAGGACCGUCGCAGCACAUGCAGACCUUGAGCCGGUGUGGCUGCCAGGCCAGGUCUGUGAAGACCCUCAGCCGUUGAGUGUUCCGGGCCCCUCCAGGAUCAAGCAAACAGCAGAUCCGGCCCGUCCUGAGUUCUCAAAGGCCCUCACAGGUCAUGUUGACACUGAGCUGGUGUGUCUGCCAGGCCAGAUCUUGGAAGAUCCUCAGCCAAUCAGUGUCCAUGGCCUCACCAAUAUUAAGAACAUGACGGAUGCAGAUUCGGCCUGUCCUGAGUCGCCUCCGUCUGUUCAAGACCCCUCUGAUAUUGAUGGGACUGAUGAAAAACCCAAGAAAGGAAGGAAAGGGAAAAGAGUCUCUGCUUUCUUCAAGAGAGUAUGGAAGGCUGCAACGCGCCCUUUCCUGUGCUGUGACACAGAUGUAGUCCAGCAUCUUACACCACAACCUGAACCUGAACCUGAACCAGAGUCAGAGCCAGAGCCAGAGUCAGAGUCAGAGCCAGAGUCAGAGCCAGAGUCAGAGUCAGAGUCCGAGUCCGAGGCCGAGUCCGAGCUCCGGCCAGAGUCUGAGCCAGGGCUGGAGAAUGAAGCUGACCCUGAGGCAGUGCCUGCUGAAAUUAUGCCUGAAAUCGCAGAACCCGCUGACCCUGAGUCAGUAUGUCUGCCAGGCCCAGCGCCUGAAGAGCCUAAAGAGGCUUCUGUGCCCACUCGUAGUAAGUCAUCAUUUCCUUCUGUUUUCUUUAACUCAUAAUUAAUAUAAUUAGUAAUCAAUUUACUCCUGCAAUUCUGGUAGAAGUUACUGCUUUCAGCUCAUUGCAUUAAAUCCAGAUUUAAAGGAUUUAUUAGUCUUUUAUUUGAUCCGUUUCAUACCAGACAAUCCAAGUAAAUCUCCCUGCUCUUUUUGUGUGUUUCAGGAUUUGAUCUGUCUGACUUUAAAGUAGACAGCAUGAUUGGAGAAGGAGCUUUUGGCAAGGUGUAUGUGGCAUCUCACAAACUUCGUGAAAGUGAAAAGGUUGCCCUGAAGUCUAUAACCAAGCUUAAACAGGACCAAUAUCUCAACAUUGAUGGUCAUUCCACACCUGUGCUUGCGGAAGUGGCAAUGAUGCUUAGGUUGAUGAAUGCUCCGCAAUGCCCAAAUAUCAUUGGAUUACACGACUGGAUUGAGAAUGAGAGCAGCUUCCUUCUCGUCUUGGAGUACCCAGAGUCAAGCCGGACCUUGGCUGAUUACAUCACAGUGAGAUGGCGAAUUAGUGAAAAGCGAGCACGCCGGUUAAUUCGUCAGUUGAUCCGAGCUGUAAAGUUCUGCACUGAGCGUGGAGUUUUCCAUGGCGAUAUCCACACGGAGAACAUCCUGGUGACGAAACCCCGAUUACAGCUCAAAUUGAUCGACUUUGGUUGUGCUUGGCCAAUUACCAGCGAGCCUUUCAACAGCAGUGAAUUUCGAGGUGAGUUGGCGUUUUGUGUUAGUUUCUUUGCUCACAGUAUUGUCUUAUGAAAUGACUGAAUUCUGAAAAUGUCUCUCUUAUAGGAGCCAGUGGGAUCACGCCACCUGAGGU